GGGAAGACGGCGGCUUUUCUUGUUCCGAUGCUUCAGAAGCUGAGGGAGCACGCGCCCGGAGCUGGGGUCAGGGCGCUGAUAUUGUCGCCGACGAGGGAUUUGGCCAUUCAGACCUUGAAGUUCACUAAAGAGCUCGGCAGAUACACUGACCUUUGCACUAGCCUUUUGGUUGGUGGAGAUAGCAUGGAAGACCAAUUCGAAGAGUUGGCACAUAAUCCUGACAUUAUUAUUGCGACCCCUGGUCGGCUCAUGCAUCAUCUCGCUGAAGUUGAUGGAAUGUCUCUCCGCACUGUAGAAUAUGUUGUGUUUGAUGAAGCUGAUAGUCUCUUUGGCAUGGGGUUUGCUGAGCAAUUACACAAGAUCCUUCUGCAGCUAAGUGAAACUCGACAAACUUUACUCUUUAGUGCCACCUUGCCUAAAGCCCUCGCUGAAUUCGCUAAGGCCGGUCUCCGUGAUCCAGAGCCCGUGUAUCUUAAUGAGGGAAUUAGCCCUGAUCUUUCACUAGCAUUCUUAACUGUGCGCCCUGAAGAGAAAAUUGCUGCCUUGCUGUAUUUAGUGAGGGAGCAAAUCGGUUUGGACCAACAGACGCUGAUCUUUGUUGCUACAAAGCAUCAUGUUGAGUUUCUUAAUGUUCUGUUUAGAGAAGAAAAUAUUGAGCCUUCUAUUUCAUAUGGUGAGAUGGAUCCAGAUGCUCGAAAAAUCAAUGUCUUAAGGUUUAGAGCUAGGAAGACUAUGCUGCUUAUUGUGACGGAUAUUGCUGCGAGGGGUAUUGAUAUUCCAUUGCUUGAUAAUGUUGUAAAUUUUGAUUUCCCUUCAAAUCCUAAAAUGUUCGUCCAUAGAGUGGGUCGAGUAGCUCGAGCGGGUAGGACUGGUACAGCCUAUUCGUUUGUCACACCAGAGGAUAUGCCUUAUCUAUUAGACCUCCAUCUCUUUCUCUCGAAGCCUCUUCGACCUGCUCCAACAGAGGAAGAGGUCCUUCAGGACAUGGAAAGAGUAUAUUCAAGAAUCGAUCAGGCACUUGCAAACGGAGAAACAGUAUAUGGACGGUUUCCCCAGACUGUUAUAGAUCUUGUUUCUGAUAGAGUUCAAGAUAUAAUUGAUGCAUGCACUGAAUUGAUAACAUUGCAAAAAUCAUGUACAAAUGCGUUUCGCUUAUAUACAAAGACUAAAGCUGCACCUUCAAGGGAGUCUAUAAGAAGAACAAAGGAUUUGCCUCGUGAAGGGAUGCAUCCAAUGUUUAGAAGCUUACUGGGAUCCAAUGAGUUGACAGCACUUGCAUUUUCUGAACGUUUGAAAGCAUUUAGACCAAAUCAGACUAUUCUAGAGGCUGAAGGGGAAGCUGCUAGAUCAAAGCAUUCACGAGGUCCAAAUCAGUGGCUUGAUGUGAUGAGGAAAAAAAGAGCAAUUCAUGAGGAGGUGAUCAAUAAGGUGGAGCAGAAGCGAUCUACAGAUCAACAGAAGGAAGUGAAUCAAAAAAGCACGCCGUCAAAUGACUGGGAUAAGAAAGAAAUUUGCGGUCUAAAGAGAAAGAUACAGAGUUUUAAGGAUGAGGAGUACUAUAUAAGUUCCAUCCCAACAAAUCAACAUUUGGAGGCAGGGUUAUCAGUUAAGGGCAAUGAAGGUUUUGAAUCAAACAGAUUGGAUGCUGCAGUUCUUGACCUCGUUGCUGAUGAUAGUUCUGGUUUGCAAAAGCAAAAAUCGAGGUAUCAUUGGGAUAAGAAAGGCAAAAAGUACAUUAAGCUGAAUAAUGGGGAUCAUGUCACAGCUGCAGGAAAGAUCAAGACAGAAAGUGGCGCAAAAGUAAAGGCUGGUAAAACAGGCAUAUACAAGAAGUGGAAGGAACGUUCUCAUAGACAGAUUUCACUUGAAGGGAAGAAUGUUUCUGACGAGGGAACUUCUCGUGCAGGCGGUCACCAAGCAAGAGGAGGAAACAAAUGGCAGUUCAAGGGAGGAAAGAAUCGUCGUUCAGUGCCAAAUGCCAAUGUGCCAUCCGAGAUUAGAGACCCUGAGCAAGUGCGAAAAGAGAGACAACAAAAGGCUAAUCGGGUGGCUCGCAUGAAGAGCAAACCCUCAAAGGGCAAAAAAUUGGGGAAAAAAGGAAAUUCCCAAAAGGGGAAGGGGAAGAGGAAACAAUGAAGAAUUUAUGCAUCCCUUGGAAGGUUUUUGAGCCGCACAAAAAGUUCUUAAUUGCAUAAAAAUCUUCAGGAAGGGAUGAGGAAAAUUUUGCUCCUCUAUGCUUCCCGCAAAUUGUUGUAUUUUUUCUUGUGUUGAAUGUCUGUUGUCUUGUAUUUUUCUUGUUUUAUUAAUUUUGGUAUAUUUUACUAUGGAGAUGUUCCAUCAUUAUUUAUGAUGUGCAUCGGUGUUUGAUGCUAAUUUUUGCGGUGGUCUUGAGCUAAUUUGUUGAUGCAAGUGUAAGUGUGUGUUCUUCCCCCAGUAUGCGUGACUGGUGAUUGUCUCCAGUGAGUUUUUAGAUGAUAUGUAAUUUUUCUGGCAUCUUUACGUUUAACUUCAUUAUUUUUAUGGAUAUUGGAGGGCUUUCAAUGAAAAUCA